UUUUAUUUCGUGUAAAACCCUAAAAGUGAGUAAAAUAAUUGAAUAAGAAAUUGGUCGUUUAGUGUGAUAAUGAUUUUAUAUAAAUAAUUUAUAUAGAAAUGUUUUGUCUGGUUUGAAUGCGAAUGUGACGGAUUCAGUACUGAGUAGUACAGGACUCUGAAAUCGGCGAAUCAGUAAAUCUUGACGAACACAAACAAUGGAGCCGUUCCCAUCGUCGUCCCAGAUAGCCCAACAGACAUGGGAGCUCGAGAACAACAUCAUCCCCAUGGAAACUCCGGCUUCGAAGCCGGACCCCGCUUCGGACUCCAUAUUCUACUACGAUGAGUCGGCUCAGACCAAAUUCCAACAAGAGAAGCCCUGGUCCAAUGACCCUCAUUACUUCAAGCGUGUCAAGAUCUCCGCCCUCGCCCUCCUCAAGAUGGUCGUCCAUGCCCGCUCCGGUGGCACCAUCGAGGUGAUGGGCCUUAUGCAGGGAAAGACCGACGGCGACGCUAUCAUCGUAAUGGACGCCUUCGCUUUACCUGUCGAAGGUACCGAGACUAGGGUUAAUGCUCAAGCCGAUGCCUACGAGUACAUGGUCGACUACUCUCAGACCAACAAACAGGCAGGGCGGUUGGAAAAUGUGGUUGGGUGGUACCAUUCUCACCCUGGUUAUGGAUGUUGGCUCUCGGGUAUUGAUGUUUCAACGCAAAUGUUAAACCAGCAAUUUCAGGAGCCAUUUUUAGCUGUAGUUAUAGAUCCGACUAGGACUGUUUCAGCUGGAAAAGUUGAGAUUGGAGCAUUCAGGACAUACCCAGAAGGAUAUAAGCCUCCAGAUGAGCCUGUCUCUGAGUACCAGACUAUUCCAUUGAAUAAGAUUGAAGACUUUGGUGUGCACUGUAAACAGUAUUAUUCUUUGGACAUCACUUAUUUUAAAUCCUCUCUUGAUAGCCACCUACUGGAUCUUCUAUGGAACAAGUACUGGGUGAAUACACUUUCUUCUUCACCCCUAUUGGGUAAUGGAGACUAUGUUGCAGGACAAAUUUCAGACUUAGCUGAAAAGUUGGAGCAAGCAGAGAAUCAAUUGUCACAUUCACGCUUUGGGCCAUUAAUAGCACCCCCUCAAAGAAAGAAAGAAGAAGAAUCACAACUAGCAAAAAUUACUCGGGAUAGUGCAAAAAUAACUGUUGAGCAGGUCCAUGGUCUAAUGUCACAGGUCAUCAAGGACAUCUUGUUCAACUCUGUUGGUCAAUCCAAUAAGUCGUCGCGCACAGAGCCAUCUGGCCCUGAACCAAUGAUUGAGAGUUGAUCUUUUCUCCUCCACCUUAGGAGCAAUUGAUAAAACACUGCCUUCUUGAUAACGAGUCCUGGUUUCAUAGUCCCAUAAUCUGAUCUGGGUGUUUCCGAAUUUUCCAUCACUCUGCAUGCCGAUGUAAAUCCUCUAAAGCAGCAAUUGCUCGACUUCUUUUGAAAUCUGGUUUUGCUUUCUCUAGUCUACAUACAUUUUUCAUACAUUGUUACAGCUAGAGUUUGAUAGCUCCAUUUCUACCUGAGCCCUCUUGGUUUGAAAUUGGCAGGCUUGUUUGUAGUAGUGGCUUUGUCCAAAAAAAAUAUAUCUAUAAAAUUAAGAAUGCAAGACUUAUGGAGA